AUUUUGCAAACAGCUGAUAAGUGCAACUCGAAGAGGCCGUAAUAUACACAAUACACAGGAGCUAGAGCUAAAUAAAACUUGCACUGAGCAAUGAAAUCAUAAGCAUUUCAACAACGACGGGGACAAGUGUGUGGAUCAACAAAACAUAAACAUAGAGCAGAUCAGAUCAUUAAAAAACCACGUCAACGACGUCGUCGCACAUACGACGCCAAAACUACUAUGAGAACUUUUUUAUGGGUUCUGCUCGCAACCGGAUGUUGUGGCCUGUGGAAUAAUGGAAAUGGAGUACACGGCAAGACUCCAGCAUCCAUUGAAAAUGUGGCACAUUUGUUGCCAGAUGACUUAAAGGAUUACCCACCCACUGUGAUGGUGGCACUGAUGGUGAGAAAUAAAGCACAUAUCCUGCCUUUGUUUUUGACAUAUUUGGAGCAAUUAGAAUAUCCCAAGAAGCGUAUAUCAUUGUGGAUCCGCUCCGAUCAUAACUCCGAUAAUAGCAUAGAAAUCUUAACCGAAUGGCUAAAGCAUGUGGAUCCUUUGUACCAUAGCGUUAAUAAGGUUCUCAAUGAUACCCAGCAACGUCAUCAAAAUGAAAGUUCUCAAUUCGAUUGGCCAACAUCACGUUUCCAUCAUCUUAUCAAUAUGAAAGAGGAGGCUCUACUCUAUGCACAACAAAUCUGGGCAGACUACAUAUUCUAUCUGGAUGCCGAUGUUUUAUUGACGGAAGCACGAACACUCAAACUUUUAACCAGCUAUGGUUUGCCGGUAGUAGCUCCUAUGUUGCUGUCUGAAGGUUUAUACUCGAAUUUCUGGUGUGGCAUGACACCCGAUUACUAUUACUUGCGUACGGAUAUGUAUAAGGAAAUCUACAAUGUCAAUCAGGAAGGUAUCUUCCAAGUGCCCAUGAUACAUAGUGCUGUUUUGAUUAAUGUCAACUACAAUGGCUCAGCUUAUCUAACCUUUGACCGUGACAAUCUUAGACAGCAACUGAAUAAUGGUCUUGAAUAUGCAGCCAGUUUGGGAGAACAAUGCCGUAUGUAUGAUGGACCCGUGGAUGAUAUCAUAGUAUUUGCUAUUUCGGCCAAUUGUUCCAAGAUACCACUGUUUAUAUCAAAUGAGGUGCCAUUUGGUUAUAUACUUCAACCUCUGGAUGCAUCAGAUACGCCUGAACAGGACUACAAACAAUUACAGAAUAUCAAGACAAAUAUUGUGCAUGAUUUAAAUCAAGUUCCAGUGGCCAAAGAAUAUUUGGCCAAAUAUGAGAAAAAGCAAGAAAAAGACAAGCUUGGACUGGAUCACAUCUACAUGAUCAACCUAGAGCGUCGUCCGGAACGACGUGAAAAGAUGUUUAAACUCUUUGAUGCAUUAAAUCUGGAUGUGGAAUACUUCCCAGCUGUAGAUGGAAAAAAAUUAACCCCAGAAAUCAUUCAAGAACUGGGCAUUAAUUUUCUACCUGGCUAUGAGGAUCCCUAUCAUCAUCGCCCUAUGACCAUGGGCGAGAUUGGUUGUUUCCUAAGUCACUAUCAUAUCUGGCAAAAUAUUGUGGAAAAACAACAGAAAGAGGUCUUAGUCUUAGAAGAUGACAUACGUUUUGAGCCCUAUUUUAGACAUAAUGCUAUGGCGGUCAUGGAACAAAUACGCAAUGUGAUUGACUAUGAUUUGGUGUAUUUUGGACGCAAAAGAUUAAAGGACACCGUUGAACCCUGGGUAGAAAAUACCGAAAGUGUGGUGCAUGUCAGUUACUCCUACUGGACCUUGGGCUAUGUCAUAUCCUUAAAGGGUGCCGAAAAACUUCUGAAGGCCAAACCUUUGGAAAAUCUAAUUCCCGUAGAUGAAUAUCUACCCAUUAUGUUCGAUAGACAUCCUAAUAAGACUUGGUCAAAUGCUUUUCCUGAACGCGAUCUAUUGGCCUAUAGUGCUGCGCCUUUGUUAUUGUAUCCCACACAUUAUACCGGUGAUCAUGGUUAUAUUUCCGAUACAGAAGAUUCCUUUUUGGUUGACUCUCAUGAGACUGAUCACUCCCCUUCGGCAGCACAAUUGAAAAGCGAUCCAGAGAGAAUGUUUUUGGCCGAACCCCGUUUUGAUGCCAACCCAAAGGAUUUGCCAGUACCUCAACUUGAAACUGCAGCUGAUAUCAAAUCCCAUGAUGAAUUUUAGUUGAGCAUUUUUUUUUACGCAUUUCGCUUUUUUGAAAAUCCAUACCAAAAAUUUGCAUGCUUUUAUUAGUUUUUAGGAAAAGGAGGAGUUUUUUGCUUCAAACGUUUCGUAUGAACAGCUCUUGCCAAAUGUGUGUGCCUUAGUAGUUUGUAAAGUGUAUAUGUAAACAUUCAUGAUUUUAUUUUUAUAUCAUCAAAAUUGACAUUCUCUACAUAGUAUAAUGUUUCCAUUUUUAUGUGUGUUUUUAGUUCAUUGAUAAGAAUGAAUCUCAAAUAGUUUUUUUUUUAAUCAAAAACCAAAAACAAAUACAAAAUUGAAUAUAAUAAAACCAAAAAUACUCUAAAAAUA